GGUGUUCAGUAUGCUGCUGUCCAUCGGGAUGCUGAUGUUGUCUGCCACUCAGAUAUACACGAUUGUGACCGUUCAGUUAUUUGCUUUCCUGAAUCUUCUACCCGUGGAGGCAGAUAUUUUAGCCUAUAACCUUGAAAAUGGAACCCAGACCUUUGAUGAUCUACCUGCUAGAUUUGGCUACAGACUGCCAGCAGAAGGCUUGAAGGGAUUCCUCAUAAAUUCAAAGCCAGAGAAUGCGUGUGAGCCUAUAGCCCCUCCCCCACUGAAGGACAACUCCUCCAGUGCUUUCAUCGUGUUAAUUCGAAGGCUGGAGUGCAACUUCGACACCAAGGUGUUAAAUGCCCAGAGAGCUGGCUACAAGGCAGCGAUAGUCCACAAUGUUGAUUCUGAUGACCUCAUAAGCAUGGGAUCCAACGACAUCGAGGCUCUGAAGAAGAUCGACAUUCCGUCUGUCUUUAUCGGCGAGACGUCCGCCAAUGCCCUUAAAGAAGAAUUCACCUAUGAGAAGGGUGGCCACGUUGUGUUGAUCCCAGAGUUCAGUCUUCCUUUGGAGUACUACUUAAUCCCUUUCCUAAUAAUAGUAGGGAUCUGUCUUAUCCUCAUCGUCAUAUUUAUGAUCACUAAAUUCGUGCAAGACAGACACAGAGCAAGAAGGAAUCGGCUUAGGAAGGAUCAGCUCAAGAAAAUUCCUGUACAUAAAUUUAAGAAAGGAGAUGAAUACGAUGUCUGUGCCAUUUGUCUGGACGAGUACGAGGAUGGAGACAAGCUCAGGAUCCUUCCCUGUUCCCAUG